CUCGGAAUGACGUCUUACACCACCUAUUUUAGCGGUGCCGACAACCGGGCCGCACAGGUGGGGACAAACCUAGGAACCAUCAACUUCAACAACCCAUCUACACCUAGGAGAUCCGCCACUCCUCCUACGCCGUCACUGGUCAUCCCCUACCGCCGCGACCCCGACUUCGUCGAGCGCGAUGUCCUCACUAACCUCUGGCAGAAAGCCUCCGAACCGGGAGCGCGAGUCGCUCUGGUGGGACUGGGAGGAGUCGGUGGCGAUCGAGUAUGCCUACCGAGUGUUAGACUCCGACCCGUAGAUCUAGGUGUUCUAGGUCUACGCCAGCACGACCACCCGGUUUGAAGAAAGCUUUCGCACCAUCGCGACGUUUCUACGCCUUCCCGGCCUCGACCAGCCGAACGCCGAUGUGCUGGGGAUGGUAUGCGGGUGGCUAUCGGACGAGCGUCACGGUCAGUGGACAAUGAUUGUGGACAACGUAGACGACAGUAGUAUCCUAUUCGAGCCGUGUAAUGGCGGGAUACCGAGAGGGACGGGGGUUCCGUCUAGAGACCGGUUACUCUCUAAGUUUCUCCCU